AUGACAAGAUAUAUUCAUAUAAUUGAUGAAACAUUCCCAAUACACCAAUAUGAAGACAACAAUAUUGAAAAAUUCAAUUAUUUUCAUUUAAAAAAAGAGUGAGAAAAUAACUUUAAAACUGCUUCAGCCUGCUGCAAGAUACUGUAUGAUAAGCUAAAUAAACUUGAUAUAAAUUAUAUAAAAGCUGAAAUUCAUCUGAAAGAUGUAUUUGAUUUAUAUGGAGAUGGUGGGAAGUACUCAUUUCUAAGAAAAUAUGAAACAUGAAUGGAGAAAAAAAUUCAUAAAUUGAUGAUUAAAUACAAUUAUAUAAGAAAUCAUUGAAAUUAUACAGUAGAUGAAUUCCAGAAAAAUAUAGGCAAUUUGGAUAACACAAAUUGCAUUUAUUUCACAUAUCAAUAUCUUAAUAAAGGGAAUAUAAUUAUAGUAAUUGCCCGAGGAUGGCGCUAUCUUGCGCCAUCCUCGGGCAAUUCAAAAAUGGCCCCACACCGGGAAUCGAACCCACGUGUGGGGCCAUUUUUGGUGUGUGGCCAACAUCGACUUACACGCACCAAAAUGGCCCCCACACGUGGGUUCGAUUCCCGGUGUGGGGCCAUUUUUUGAAUUGCCCGAGGAUGGCGCAAGAUAGCGCCAUCCUCGGGCAAUUCCUAUAUGUAUGACCCAGUUUUAAAAAAGAAAGCUUUUAAAACUUUUGAAGCUUAUGAAAUUAAGGAUAAUUUUGUUUUUAUAGUCAAGCUGCCUAAUAAUAAACUAUUUUUGGGAGGAGAAAGUAGUUAUAUAGUUAGCACUGCAACUUUUACUAUAAAAGAUAUUGCAUGGGGAGCAAUAUUAUUAGCUAUUUAUCAACCGAUCAUAGAUAAAUGAAAAAAUGGAAUUUACCAUGAAAACUGCAUUUACAUAUUUGGGAAAGGUCCCAGCCACAUUUUUGAACUAAGAAUAAAACAUGAAAAUAUGACUUAA